UCACUAAGCAAACGGAUAACCGUAAACGUUGCUCAUAGUUACCACGCGGCUUGUUUCGUUGUUUUUGCUAUCGAUUACUGCGUUCAGUCAAACAUUAGCAAGUCGGUAAGAGAACGUUAUCUUUUUGCUACAGUCCUCCCGUGUGAUGAUGUCCCGCCGUCACUGCGAUGACCUGGCCAAUCAAAAUCUGGUCCUUUUUGGACCAGGUCGUCCCAAGUACACGCCACGUGAUUGGGACCUCAAUAAUCGCACCAAAAACGUGUUUUCGCUCAAUCAACAAACUCUGGCCGAACGGGUUAUUUGCGAAAGUGAACGGCUGAUUGAUGAAACCAAGUUCACCACCGAGCUGAAUAAAAACGAGUCCGAUUUCCGGCUGAAGGAACGCAUCGAGGACAUCCGGUUCCGGCAGGAUGAGCUCAAGAAGCAGAAGAAGGACGCCCACAUCGAGGAGGAGGCCCUCAAAGUGUACAAGCAGCGGACGCUCGAUGCGAUCAAUACACUGCAGGAGAUUGCCGUGCCGAUAUGCCAGAAGUGUGUCAUCAUGCGGGAGAUGCGCCAAGGGGUGGACCUGGUGCUGGACGACGUGCACAGGGAACUGCGCAAGGAGCUGGACGUGAUGAAUGGGGCUAUUGAACUGUUACAUAAACUGAUGGAGCAGGGCGUCGAGCAGCUACGGCGACUGAGGGCAACCAUUUACCUGCUGGACAGGGAUUUGUCCAACAAGGAAAAGUCCAUACAGAUCGAUGAGAAGAAUGUCGAACUGAGACAUAACCAGAUGGGGAUGAAGGUGUACGACGGGACGGUGCCGUUGGAUCCGUACAACAAUACCGAUCCGGAGUGGAUCGAGGUCACCAACACAAACAUUGAAAAUACCGCCAAGGAAAUCAACUCGGCCCAAACGUUGCGAUCGUACAUCGACCAGGUGCUCAAACAAGCCGCCGAGGACAUCCGUCACCAAGUGGGCCGUACCAAUGCGGCCUUCUGCAAACGAAUCGCCGAGGUUCGCUAUACCAAAAUCAAGUUGGAGAACGUCCAUAAGGAAACCGUGCACCAGGUUAACGAACUGACCCGUACGGUGACCAAGCUGGAGAAGGAGAUUGCCGAAAAGGAGGGUUACGUUGCGUUGGCACAGGUGCGGAUGGCAAACCGAGCGCACCGGCCCGGGAUCGAACUGUGCAAGGAUAACGUUUACAACAGUCUGAAGAAGGAGCUGGCCGCGCUGCGCGAAACGGUCGCCAAGCUAGACCACAUGUUGGUACAAUCUCGGGCUACGCUCCGGUAUCUGUUGAACACCCAGGUUAUGCAGGAAGAGGAAAUCAACUUGAAGACGAAUUCUUUGAAAAUCGACGAAGUGGAUUGUAUGACGCUGAGGGAGAGUUUGAAUUUCCAGAAUUUUUAGAGAAGCGAUACCCACGGGAAGGGCAGUGAAUCUAAGCAUUGUAUUAGAAUGGUAGAGUGUGCACUGGAGUUUCUUUCGUGUCUUCUAAAAAUAAAUUGACUAGUUUUUGCAACCGACA